AUGUGGCUGCCCUGGGUCAAGACGCGCUCCUCCUCCCCCACCUCCGCCUCCACCUGCUCCUCCACGGCGCUCGCCGCCGCCUCGCCGCGCCUCUCCUUCAACUCGCCCUCCCUCAAGGAUCUCCAGGCCCUCCUCCGCUCCGACCCGGCCGCGCCCUCCCCGUCCCCGCCGCAGCCGCCGCACACGGCCCCGUGCUCCCCCUCCGCCGCCCGAGUCUUCCACCGCGUCCGCAUCGCCGCCUCCGCCCUCCGCGCGCUCCGCACCCUGCAGGCGCCGCCGCCCGCCGCCGAGGCGGACCGCCGCGUCGUGCUCUACUACACCUCCCUCCACGUCAUCCGGGGCACCCACGAGGACUGCCGCGCCGCGCGCGCCAUCCUGCGCGGGCUCCGGGCCUCCGUCGACGAGCGCGACCUCGCCAUGGACGCGCGCUACCUCGAGGAGCUCACGGCGCUGCUCCCGCGCGCCCGCCGGAUCACGCUGCCCCAGGUCUUCGUCGGCGGCCGCCACCUCGGCGGCGCCGAGGAGCUCCGCCGCCUGCACGAGUCGGGCGAGCUGCGGCGCGUCGUGGCCGGCGCCGCGCCCCUCGCCGCCUGCGCGCGGUGCGGCGGCGAGCGCUACGUGCUGUGCGGCAGCUGCGACGGGAGCCACAAGCGGUACAGCCUCAAGGGCGGCGGCGGGUUCCGCACCUGCGCCGGCUGCAACGAGAACGGCCUCGUCCGGUGCCCGGACUGCUCCCCGCCGGCCGUCUGA